GCACAACCUUUACAUAGCCGCAAGCACUGCACUUGAUUUUGAUAAAUGUUUCCUUUGCGCGUGAUUCGAAGUUUCACUACACGAAUAAUACCAACAAUGGCAGCUAACAAAGUAUUGCCUGCGGGCUUCAAAGAGGAUCUUCUUCGCACUCAGAAACGUCGAGAACCCGUCGAGUCCAGCCCUGCCCCUUCCACUUUCGCCCUCCCCAAUGGAUUCCUCGAGGGCCCAGCGCCCAAUUUAACCAAGUCCAAAAUUGAUUUCAGGAAGGCUGGAAUACUAGAGAACGAGAAUGCAUGGGCCGUCAUACUUGAUGGUGUUCUGUCUGAGGACGAGUGCAACACCUUAAUACAAGCAGCAGAAGCGACUACUAACGGCACGUGGGAGAGAGCCAUGGUGAACAUUGGGGGCGGAAUGCAAGCCAUGUAUGAAGACACGAGAAAGUGCGGUCGGAUCAUCUGGGACAAUAAGGACAUCAUGGCCAAGUUAUGGGAAAGAAUAGAGGCGUCGGUGCCUGAAAUCCAUCGCUUGCAGAAUUGGGCGCUUGUCACAGGCAAUGGUCCAGCGAAACGAGGAGAGACUUGGAAAGUAACGAGACUGAAUGAGCGUGGACGCUAUCUCAAGUACACUGGUGGAGAGUAUUUCAAAGCGCAUUGUGAUGGCACGUACGAGACGCCAGACCGCACCGAGCGCUCAUAUUUCACCCUGCACCUUUACCUGAACGAUGCAGUACUGAGCACUGGGGAAAGGCAGCUCGAAGGCGGCGCCACUACAUUCUUCAACGGUCGCAUGAACCAACGUAUCGACGUUGAGCCAAAGGCUGGGCGCGUCCUGCUCUUCCAGCAUCGCUACCUUAUACAUUCUGGUGACGACGUUGUGAAGGGCACCAAGUAUACGCUACGGACGGACAUCAUGUACGCGAUGGAGAAAGACACAGCAUCAGAGCCAGAGUAGACAAUUCUAGCGGAGGAUGAAUGGAGGAUCGCGCAACGUGUGGUCGCUCAGGUUUGGUGAAUUCGCAUGGUUUUUUGUUAGUAGUAUCCUUGAACUGGAGUAGAUCGCGCACAUUGCGCACUUACAUAGUGAAAAAAAGUGAACGGCCUGCCUCGCCAGAGUAAUCAGAAUCGAAUGAUACCGUGCCCUCUUUCGCCCAAGGGCUACUCAAGGUCAAGU